UCCCUCUCACCCUGGAGUAUUGAUGCAAAUUGAUGAUGGUGAGACGCAAUAUCUAGUAAUCUGCUUUGAGCCUGCAGCACCACCUUUGGCCUCAGUUACCAUGAGCCUGAUACUAAAUCAUUUGAUAAUUGUAUGAGUUGCAUGAAAUCUUAAUAGAAGUGUUUUUGAUAUAAACAUGUGUCAUUGAAAUGAUGUAUUAAUAGAAGUGUGUGUUGGUUUAAGGGAUGUGCUGAUGGAAGAAAGUGUUGGUAGAACAAGUAUGAUCACGAGCAAAUGCUCACAAUUACCAAUCGUGUAUAAAUUCCGUCCUUGGACGUUAUGUUGAUCUAAGAAUAAUCUUGGGGCUGAAGGCUAUGCCAUUCGCAUCACGUUCGGGCUCCUUAGUGGUUUACGGCAUUCAGCUUUCAUAGGACAAAGACACCAACGGUCACCUCUACAAGAAUUCAUCAAUUAGCAGCCAUGUCGGCUUCAGGCACCGAUACUUUAUAUAGCGAAUUAGACAAAACGUCAUUCUUCGUUCUAGAAGAUGAUAAAGAUGUCCUCCGUCUAGUUCACGACCGAUUCGGCAAUGAACUCGAACGUCUCAAACGGGCAUACUCUAUCCACGACCCGGAUGCGAAGCUUCCCUCCACGGAGUCCCCGUCGCACAUCUUAUUUGGCCGCCAAUUCGAUGAAGUGAACCGCACUCUUGUCGGUCUUUUAUCUCUUCGAUGGCUUUACAACGACAAGUAUGAUACUUUCUGCGGGGCGCAGCCAGAAGCCGUCGCCCUAACACGGGAGUCAUUCAAUUGGAUGCGGGACAUGUUCCAAGCCGGACUGAAAAACAACGAUGAUUUCAUCGCUCUGCUCACCUCCAUCGUAGUCAACGAUCUCGGAAAGGACCCGCAGCUAGCAUCUGACUACUGCGCCAAGACGGGUGAGGAUAUCUCGGCGCAGAACCACGACCAUAUCCUCUUCAAGGCAGUGGAAGCCGGCCUCGUCCCUAGCUUCAAUCGUCUAUCGAGGGGAGAGAGGGCCGACGUCUUGCGCGGCAUGAAGCUUGGUGCUGAGCUUAACUUCGGCCAAUUGGCGCAAGCUGAGAAUGUCCCUGUGUCUCUGGCAGCGUUACUUGAGCUCCGUGAGCGCCCGCGCAUUUUCGAGCUCGGGUUUAUGGAGCAGCUGCUUGAUAUUGCCGGCGCGGGCGGUCACGAGGAUUGGACCUGCGCAAAGGUUAUGAUACAACCAGUUUUAGAUGCGUAUCGGAACGUCUUUGAGGUUUCGCAGAGCGUCAUUGCUGGCGAAAUUGGCCUACGAGAUGCGUACGAUCUUAUACUAGUGCGCCGGGGUCGCGAGUUGAGGGAGAAAGGGUUUAGACAACUCAGAGUGGCUGACAGCCAUGAUCGCGCCCUGAUGAGAAUGCUUUGUAUGGGCCGCGUCAUAAGUCUAGAAACGGCCCAUCUGUAUGAUUCGGCACUGGAAGAUCUGGAAGUCGUGACAAAGGCCUCGCUUAUAGCCAGUCUAAAUGUGGACGGCUCUGUGGGACAACCUGCAGUUAUAGCCACAUAUGCCCCUGCAUUUUUUACACAUGGUGUUAGCGCGGACGGCGCAGGAUCUGGCGACGAAAAGCGAAGAAGAGUUCAAAGCUUGAUGCGGUAUCUGGCUCGAGUUUUGAAAUUAGAUGGCGUGCCAACAAGUAGCUCGGCGGUUGUGGUCGAGCGAAACCUACUUGAAGUCAUUCAAGAUAUCGUGGAUUCUGAUGAAUUCCGCGCCAACCCAGAAGUAUUGGAUAAACAGGACGUGCCCAAAGGUGUUAUUGCCCAGACUAUUUGAAAUCGUCGAAAUUUGUCAUCAUGGCGUUAUAGGAGUGCUGCGAGUCGGUAUAUGUUGUGCGGGUCACUAGAUAGCAGGAUACAGAUAGAAAGACCUCAGCGACGUAAAGGUCGACUGUUUUCGGGCUCAAUGCAUUUUCCCAGCGUUUCUAAGGAUUCAACGAAUAUGGCUGAGCACUAACGGUUAGUACUGCGGCUCCUUUUGCCUGUAGAAGUUCAGUCUGUUUUCUGGAAACUGACCACUUCGUGAUGUUUUGGCCUUCACUCUUGUAACUAAUCGUUCACCUUACGCUUACUUUCGGGGACCGUUGAUGUUAUAUUUAACAAUGACCAUUCGUUACUAUUUGGGGAGAUAGUUGAGCUUCACCAUUGUAUUCUAGGAAGUCUAAAGCCAUGUAUAGGUAUACGAACUUUGAUAUUAUUUAUGUACAAGGGAAGUAGAUGAUCAGGACGGACCGAUCACGGGAGUCAAUUAACGCAAUAAAUUGUCAGCCGAGCAAAC